UAGUGUGGGUGGAUAGGUGUGUGCGCAUGCAACGCAUACUUUCAAGGUCAAACGCAUUUCUAGCCAGUAUUAGCAGCGCAAUAUGUAUUACGAGAGGGACGGGUGCGCGAAUGGUUUACUUGAAUUUCAAAAUUGAUCGCACUACCGUGGUCGGACGUUCGGACGAACCGACGAACCUGUCUACUGGUGGGUAGUGGACACGGUACUGCGUAAAUACGAGAACGGUGUACUUGUACCCUCUCGUCAGUCUGACAUGUGACCGGUUUAAAGUUUCACGGUGACUUCCGUGUGCAACAAUAAUAAUUCGCUUCAAUUCGCUUCUUGCCCUCCUACUCGGCUGCAGUUCGGAGGCUGCCAUACUUUAGGUUAUGUUGUGUUUAUACCACUGCCCGUACGAACAGAUCCUUAGUUGUAUUCGACACGUCGUGGACAGCCUUCCCCAGCAAGGCUUCGGUACGGGCGCCGUGCUGCGAAAUAUGAGAAACAAUACGAGCAGUUUGCGCGUCGUAAAACAAUUAGAACACCAUUUAACGAAAACCUGCUACUGUAUUCCGUUGCGCUAAUUCGAUAUACGGGCCAAGGUGUAUUAAAGCAAGGUGAUGAACGUUGGACUAUCCCCAUACGAUGGGUUGGAGAAAGAGUCAACUUCCAAUAAUACUUUGGAGAAUGCAAGUGGUGCUACGAAAAAACUGGCAAGAGGUAUAUCUAGAGCAACUGAAAAUGCAGCCAUAGUUUCUUAUGCUCGUUCACAGAUAGGAUCAUUAGAUACUCCUGAAUUUACAUUUUCUCUUCCUGAUUUAACUCUAUACCCAGAUUCAUUUCGUCAAUUUUUGGAAAAAGAUCUGAUUGAGGGUGGAUGUUUAACUUCUUUGGAAGCUGCUGGUCGUUUAAACUGGUGGUGCAGUGGUAAAAAUGGCAACAACAGAGUGCUUUGGCCUCUGGCAACAUCUGGAGAUGGCAAUUGCCUUUUACAUGCAGCUUCUCUUGGCAUGUGGGGCUUUCACGAUAGGCUUCUUACUCUAAGGGAAGCACUGCAUAGUACUUUGGCCAAAGGAGAAUACAGACACGCUUUGUUUAGAAGAUGGAAGUGGCGGCAAAUGGGUUUAAAUGCAGUUGCAGGAUUGUCAUAUACAGAAGCAGAAUGGUUAACGGAAUGGCAAACCAUUGUAGAUAUGGCUUCCCCUAUUUUCAGGAAUCAGACGGCCACUUCUUAUCAAAGUCUCGAAGAAGUACAUGUAUUAGCAUUGGCUCAUGCUUUAAAGAGACCUAUUAUAGUUAUAGCAGAGACUAUGUUAAAGGAUGCUGAAGGUGUAGCUUUAGCGCCAAUACCGUUUGGCGGUGUAUACCUCCCAUUAGAAGUACCUCCAUCUCGCUGUCACAGAACUCCGUUGCUUUUAGCGUAUCAUUCUGCUCACUUCUCUCCGCUCGUCAUCGUUGACGGAGCGAGUGAUUUUGGAGACGGUGGUAGUGAAGGCGUUAGCAUACCUUUAGUUGACCCCGAUACGGGUCAAUUAUUACCAGUUUUAUUUGCAGUAGAUCCCGGACCUGAUUGGGAUUGGCAAGAAGGGUCUCGGGAGUUAUUGGUGUGUCAACAAGAUACGAUGGAAAUCUUACUACGAGAGUAUCUAGACUGUGAAUACCAAAAUUUUAUAUCGGAAGAAAUUGAAAGAUUAACCGACACGGAUGGUUCAUUAUCUAAAACGGCAAAACAGUUGUUGGGCGUUGCGAAACAAUUUGGAUCGAUUGGUAAAUCGGUUAGUAAGAAACUAUGGCCUAUGACGAAAAGACCAAAGAGUCCGCCUCCUACAGCGGGAGGACUUCCCAUGGAAGGUUUGCUAUGUAUAAGGAUCAGAAGCAGGCGUCAUCAGUAUGUGGAUCAGAUGCUUCAAAAUUAUCUUCAAUGUGCUCACGCAAGGUACCUGCAGGAUCAUAAAGUCGAUGAGACUGGUAACGAAAUGAAUUACGGUGCUGGCAAAUCCAAAUUUUACACUGCCAGUGACCGAGGAAGUCAUGAUAGUGUUAGCAAACUAUUACCAACUAAUCCAAAUAAAGAUCGUACGCUUUAUCUUUCUAGGUCUACAUUUUACAAUGACCAAGCGUCAUCUGAUAAACCAGGGCCGGAACGAUGGAAUGACAGCGACAGUUUAGGGGCUAUUAUUAAAGAAUGUCGCAGCGAAGAGUGUCAAUUCUUUGGUUCAGUGGAAAAUGAAUACUAUUGUUCUCAGUGUUGGGCAAAUCGACGUUACCGCUGAGGAAUUGGACUCUGCGGCAGAUGACAAUAAUAAUUCUUUGAUAUUGUUCGUAUUAAAUCAACUGUAUUCAAAUUUAGACUUAACACUAGCCAUUUUAAGAGGGAAGUUUAAGAAAAAUAAUCGCCCUUUUCGAUGUUCUUCCUCUUGCUGUAUCGGUUAAUUUUGUUCGAUCUUUAAAUUUCUAUUCAUUGGUAUUGAUCUCUUUCAAAAGCAUAUCAGAUGUACAGGGUUCAACUCUCUCUUCGACUAAUAUACACAUACAUACUAUGUAAAUGUCUUUCGUGCAUAGCUUAUACAUCAGACCAAUUCCAAAAGAGAAACUAUUUUCGGGUAAC